UGGAUUUGACGUAUUGAAGUAUGUCAAAUUUUUAUCAAUCAUGGCCUUUUCCGGUUCAUGCUGAACACAAGCAGUCGUGAACAGUGUAUAUUAUUAGAAAAUAAGGUAAUUCACCAUGGAGGAAGACUGGUCAACGGAAGUCCAAGGAGGAGCUGUUGCUGCUCCGAAAAUUGCGGAACUCCCCGAAAUCAAAUUAUUCGGAAGGUGGAAUUGCGAUGAUGUCCAAGUAUCCGAUAUGUCCCUUCAGGAUUACAUUGCGGUUAAAGAAAAGAACGCCAAAUAUUUACCUCACUCAGCUGGUAGAUACGCAGCCAAGAGAUUUAGGAAAGCUCAAUGCCCCAUCGUUGAGAGAUUAACAAACUCUCUUAUGAUGCACGGUCGUAACAACGGUAAAAAAUUGAUGGCCGUUAGGAUUGUAAAACACGCUUUCGAAAUCAUCCAUUUACUUACCGGAGAAAAUCCAUUACAAAUCCUCGUAUCGGCGAUUAUCAACUCCGGACCACGUGAAGAUUCCACUCGUAUCGGUAGAGCCGGUACUGUAAGGAGACAAGCCGUCGACGUGUCGCCUCUACGUAGAGUCAACCAAGCCAUUUGGUUGCUUUGCACCGGAGCCAGGGAGGCUGCGUUCCGUAACAUUAAGACCAUCGCCGAAUGUUUGGCCGAUGAGUUGAUCAACGCAGCAAAGGGUUCGUCAAAUUCAUAUGCUAUCAAGAAGAAGGAUGAACUUGAACGUGUAGCCAAGUCCAACCGUUGAGAUGUUUACCGAUUACGCCUGUUAUUGGUUUGCAUUUUUUUAUAAAUUAUGUUCCCCAUAAUUUUCUGUUUUUUUUUUGACUAAUUCCUCUUUUCUUCGACAAUUUUACUACACAUACUGGUGAACAAAUAAAUAAAUGUAACACCCAUCAUAAGUAAUUUGAAAU